AUGCCCACCCCAGCCCCACCCACCACCUUCAAAUUCCUCCCCCAAGGCGCGCUGAUCCAAGAAUUCAACGUCGCCGGCCACAACAUCGUCCUCGGCUACCCCACCCCAGCAUCCUACCAGCACCCUGCCGUCCCCUUCUUCGGCGAGACCAUAGGCCGCGUCGCGAACCGCAUCUCCAAAGCGCAAAUCGACGGCCUGAAUGGCCGCUCCUACCAGUUGGCCGCUAACAAUGGGCCCAAUACGCUUCACGGCGGCGGCAAGGGAUGGGGGAAGCAGACUUUUGAGGGGCCGACGGGUGUCGAGCGGGAUGGACGCGAGGCGAUGCUUUUUAGGUAUUUGAGUCGGGAUGGGGAGGAGGGGUUUCCUGGGGCCGUGGAGCUGAGGGUGUGGUAUUUUCCGGAGAUUGUAAAGGAGGAUGGGGUGGAGAAGACGAGUUUGGAGCUGGAGUAUGAGGUUGAGAUGGUUGGAGAUGCUGAUGAGGGUGUGGAGGAGACGGUGGUGUCGGUUACGAAUCAUAGCUACUUCAACAUCAGCAACGGACCAACAAUCGAAGGCACUCGAGCAAUCCUCCACACAAACAGCUACCAAAUCAUCGACGACGACAGCAUUCCCACGGGCGAGAUAGGCCAGUACCCAGGAAUCUCCGCUGGCGAAGAGUUCGUCCUCGGCGCCCAAGACCCAGACCCAGAUCACUGCUUCAUCGUCGAUGCAAACGAAGAUCCAUCGAGCAUUCCCCUCGACACCCGCAAGCAGCCGUUGAGGAAGUUGUGCGAGUUCUACCAUCCCGAUACGAAGCUUCAUCUGGAGGCGUUAAGCACAGAGCCAGCGUUUCAAUUCUAUGCCGGAAGGUACAUCGAUGUGCCGGAGUUGGACGGCAAGCCUGCUCGUGGCCGGAGAGCAGGGAUGUGCAUCGAAGCGAGUCGGUACAUCAACGCCGCCAAUGAGGACCGGUGGAGAUCGCAGGUGGUGGUGAAGAGAGGGCAGGUCUGGGGGAGUCGAACGGUGUACCGGGCGUGGUAA